AUGCCAAAAGACUUCAAACCACCCCGAACUCCCCGCAAAACACCUUACCCAGACCGACCUCACAAAUCGAAAUCAAAGUCUCAACCAGACCGCGAAGAAAAGCAACAUCCCUCCGUUAAUGAGCUCAAGCGCCGCAUCCGCGACGUCAAGCGUCUCCUCGCGAAACCUGACUUGUCCGCCGAUAAGCGUGUUAUUCAGGAGCGGGCGCUGGCCGGGUAUGAGAAGGAAUUGGCGGAUGAGGAGAGGCGGCGUGAGAGGUCGCGGAUGAUUAAGAAAUAUCAUUUCGUCAGAUUUUUGGACCGCAAAACAGCAACGAAGGAAGUCAAGAGACUCACCAGGAAAAGAGACGAGCUAGCCAAGAAUAGUGACAUCGAUGAAGCAACGAAGCAGAAGAAGCUAGAGCAACUGAAUGUGCGACUGCAUACGGCAAACGUGAAUCUCAAUUACACUAUCUACUACCCGCUGACGGAAAAGUAUAUCUCGAUUUAUGCGGAGAAAAAGAAGAAGAACGAAGGUCAGAAUGAGGAUGAAGAUGUGCAGAUGGAGGGGGGGCCAACCCAGGAGGAGGAGAUUGUGACCGCUGCUACCACGGCCCAGAAGAAAGCCAUGCUGCAAACUGUCGAGAAAUGCAUGCAAGAUGGAACGCUUGAUCUGCUUCGGGAAGGCAAAUUGAAUUUAAACGCUGACAGCGUAACUGAAGGUGGAACGAAGACGGAGACAAAGUCGAAACCAAAAUCGAAACCAUCGUCGAAGGAUACCGGCGUUAAGACAGUCGGUGGCAAGGAAAAUGCGAAACCAAGGACCAAGACGUCCGAUAGCAAGAGAGGGAAGAGCGCGAAACACACCGCUCCAGCGCCAGCUGAGAGCGAUAGCGAAAGCGAUGGUGGGUUCUUCGAGAUCUAG